AUGUCACACCAUCCUGUAAAGAAAACAAUGGAGGACAAUGAAACUGACAAUGACUUUGAGGAGGACACUUUAAGAGGUGUAUAUAAACUGAAUAAAACAAUUUUAGUGUAGUAGUUGACGUUAUAACAUAGGUUUCAGUAUUAAUCGAUAUUUGGAGAACAAGUACAGAAUUUUUCAGUUUGUUUAGUAUCGUUCUUGGGAAGCCUGUGUAGCUAGCGGUUUGUUUGUAGUCGUAGCCUCUUCCAGGCGUUGAGAUAGUGGAGUGCUGCGCAAAGUAAGAGAGCGGGAGACAAAUAAGGAGAUGAGGAUGCGGGAGAGAAACUCUCACCCCCUUCCCCACCCCAUCGCCAUUUUUCCUGCGCACAUCUCUUUGCCCCGUACCCCCCUGUAGAGCGCGCACUUUUUCCCCAUUCCCCCGCGGCUUCUCCGCUCGUUCAGAGGCACGCUCCCCACUGAAAACCGCCAGCCACUCAGAUUAGAUUGACUACCAUAACCUUGCCGCGUAAAACGUCUCUUAAUAACCGGAAAGAAUGAACAAGUUUGUCAGAAACUGUGAGUAAGGAAGGUAAGAACAGUUACAGUACGUUCCCGGUACGUGCUUCCUAUCUCAGACAGUUGACCAGUCUUAUUUCAAACACAGUAACGAACCUUGGUCGCGGGGUAGAGUUAUACUAAGCCUUAACUAAAAUAUGGAAUGGCACGUUUACUUUAACACUGACUAUCCACCAUCUGUUUGAAGUCUUAUAUCACUUGAACUCUCGAUCAUUUAUACUUUUAAUAAAAAUAGUUCUAGGUUGUUGAAUAUGGCAUCAGCCUACGCCCCCCCCCGUACGAACGCUGUACAGACUGUAAGGAAAGGGCAGGGGUCACUGUGCAAGUAAAGGGAUUGACGAAGGAGUCCAAGACAGGCAUCUUGCGUUUGUCUAGGCGAAAAUUUAACCAGUUCAGUUCUUUUCUCAAUCAACAACAAUGAAAUUUUUUUAUCAAUUAAAGGGGUAAGUUUGUAAAGAAACUGUGGUGUUGCGUCGGUAGAGAAGUAAAACUUACACAAAGACUUAGUUUUAUCAACUGAGCUGAUAAUUAAAGCAAAUCGGCAGCGUAGAAAGAUCAAGAUAAACUGGAGUUCAGAAGACGCGCAACAGAAGAAGGCGAUUCAGGAACUACAAACCUAAAAUCUUAAUUUUGGCUGUAAGUAAACUUCAAACAAAAAGCGGGCUUAUUAACCAGGGUCUUCACUGGCUCUUCACUACAUUUUGUAUGUCAGACAACAUUUUCAGUUUAAAUUAAUCUCUGGCCUCCGCUACUUCAGUUACUAGCAAAACUUUGUAUGUAUUUUUGUUUCAGUAAUUGCGGAGACUAGCAAAAAUGCUGGCAAUGAUGCGUUUCAUAAGGAUGAUUUUGUCAAAGCUAUAAACUUGUACACAGAGGGAAUUGAAGCGAAAUGCAAGGAUGAGGAUCUGAAUGCCAAAUUGUAUAACAACAGGGCAUCAGCUCACUAUCACUUGGGUAAAUAUCAUAUUCAUGUUUACGCAUUGUCAACAUUGCACUAAAUUCCGUAUUCAACAUUCCAUUCUCUAAUUUGCAUCCCAGCCCUGAUACACUUCUGGAAUCUCUAUGUAACUGUCUCUAUUGCCCCAUUGAUGAAUCAGGAUAAAGUCUUAGGUGGGCGAACUUUUUAAAGCUUAAGAAAGUAACAGAGGGGGAAGGGGGGUGGGUUCUCGAUAGACCUCUAUAACAUCGUCUCAAAGCAGAUAGUGCCUGGUCUCUUGAUUUACGUGUUCAUUAAUAGUUCAAUUCACGCAUGCAUCUUCCCGUUCCGCCGAUGUAUACUGCGCUGCAUUCGCAAGGAAUCUUAUAAAAUACUCAAUGUUGCUUCCUUGGGUUACUUAAAGAUCCUUAGAUCGCACAGAAUGUUCAGUGUCGUGUCGAAUAUGAAGACAGCACGGGUGUACGCAUCGUUUAAAUGCAAGACAGGCACUGGCCCUCAAUUAAGAGACCCCUAGAUAAAGCAUAAAUUUUAAGUCCUGAUUUUUCUUCGAGCUGACAGGGCAAUUCUUUCUAAUCUACUUGAGGAUUAUUCUUUUUAAUUCACGAAUAAUAAGAAAACAUUCUUGACAGAGAUGUGAUGGCGAACGUUGAGCCUGCUCGGUACCUUAGAAAGAUGAUUUGUCAAUUAGUGACACAGGAAGCUCAGAGGGAAAAAUCCGAGUACUCCCAAUAUUCCCUGUGUCACUGAUGAAAAUCAUCUAUCUCAUGUAUUAAACAGGCUCCAAAUUCACCAUCACAUCUGUAUCAUUGCGCAUAAGUACAUAUCAACAUUCUUGACCUAGCAGUAUGCAGGUUAUUUGUCACUUGAACCUUGUUCGGUAGUGCCCUUACCUCCCACGAGUCUCUUGUAGCUUAGUGGUAGAGCAUCUGGACUAGCAGACAGAAGGCCAUAGCUUCGACUCCUAUUGGGCCGCCUGUAUGCGUCACUGAUUGAAAAGUCAUCUUUCUCAAAAAACUCUUUUUCGGAGAAUUACCAUGAUUGUCUGAGUGACGUAAAAGCUGCGACAGCACUACAGCCGCCUUAUCUCAAGGCGAUUAUCAGAGGUAAAAUGAAUCCCUGUAGAAAACCUGAAUUUUUUUCUCCAUUUAAUCAUUUCGAAUGAGUCGCCUUUUUUUCCCUAGGGGCGAAGACCUGUUUAAAGUUGAAGCAGCUCGAAGAAGCCAUCGUCUGGUGUGAUAAAGGAAUAACCGUAUCCUUUCUGUUAUCGUCUUCACAGACCUUGUUUUCCUCUUUUUUGACAUCUUAGUGUGCGCGUACGAAAAUAAAAACCGCAACGCACUGGAUAAAUUACUCAAAAAGAAGGAAGGAAAAAGCGUGUGCGGACAUACUAUCUUUAAUUAGAAGCUCACAUACAAAUCCCUGACCGCACAGAUUAUUACCUCCUUUACUUUUACUAGGUCAAUGUCUCUUUUUUUAUGUUUUGGUAAAUUAAGCUUGAAUCGAUAAAAUUGGUUUAAAUAUUAAGUGAAUUUUUGGUGUCGAGUUCUGACGUCCCACACAAAGAGUAGCGUACAAAACUGAUUAUCGAACCGUUUUAAAAUACAGUUCAACUGAUACUGCUGCUACUAAAACGUGUCAUUCCUGCCACUGCCGUCAGCCUAGUUUAAGGUAAAAGCAGAUUAUUUUCUAUUCCCUUAACUCUUGUAAGAUUGACAAGUACAAUAAGGAUCUGUUGGAGAUAAAGACUUGUUCUGUCAUAGAACGCGAAAAGAUUUUAACACAGGAAGGCGAUAAAGCAGCAAAAGAGGAGAGUGAUUCACAAACAAACCAAACAUCUCUUGAUUGUACAGGUAAGUGUUAAAACUCCAAACAGAAAGCGUACCUAUAACGAGCGUCUUUAUUUCAAGUGGUUCUACAAUUUAUCAGCCGCAUCAGAUGUUAUGUUUUGUUCUCUGGCCUUGACUCAUUAAAAUACUGGCAGAACUCAAAACCGCUCUGUUUGUAUUUUUAUUUCAGCCAUAGCAGAAACUCACAAAAAUGCCGGCAAUGAUGCAUUUAGUAAACAUGAUUUUGUCAAGGCUAUUAACUUGUACACAGAGGCAAUUGAAGAAAAAUGCAAGGAUAAGGAUCUGAAUGCCAAAUUAUACAACAACAGGGCAUCAGCGCAUUAUCACUUGGGUAAAGUAUCAUUCAUAUUAUAUUAACUCAACGCAUUGUCAAAACUGCAUUUUGUUUCGUAUCCAACAUUCUAUUGUCUAUUCUGCAUCUUUGCCCUUUUACGUAAAGACACUCCUGGAAUCCCAAUUCAACUGUCUCUCUUGGCCCUAUUGAUGUUAUCAGGGUCGGUGAAGUCUUAUGUCCUAUUAUCAUCUCUUGGUUAUGCGGACGACCUUGUUAAAGCCUAAGGGAGAAACAGUGGGGGAAGGGGGAUGGGGUCUCUAUAGGGAAUUUUAACUUCAUCUCCCAAAGAGCGUAGUGGUUGGUCUCAUUUGCGUGUUCAUUAAUAGCUCAAGUCUGGAGUCCCUGAAAACCGUAUGUCCGUUUUAUGUGCCGUAAUAGGUUCAAUUUAUGCACGCAUCUUCCAGUUCCGCCAAUUUAUACUUCGCUGCAUUCGCAAUAAGGAAUCUUAUAAAAUACUGACAAUCUUGCUUCCUUGGGUUACUUAAGGAUCCUAAGAUCGCAAAAGUGUUGUCAUUUCGAAUAUGAAGACAGCUCGGUUGUACCCAUCCUUUAAUUACAAAAUAGGUACUGCCCCUAAAUUAAGUGACCAGUGGAUAAAAUAUGAAUUUUAAGCGCUCACUUUUUCGAGUUAAUAGGGUGCAAUUCUUUCUGAUCAACUCUAAUUGAGGAUUAUUCUUUUUAAUUUAAUUAAGGGAUAAAAAUUCUUGAUAGAGAUGUGAUAGUGAAUUGUAAGCCUUGUAAAUAUAUUGGAAAGAUGAUUUUUUAGUUAGUGAAACAGGCGGCUCGGAAGGAAGAAUCCGAGUACUCUCAAUACCUCCUGUGUCAAGGAUCGUAAAACCAUCUUUCUCAUAUAUUCAACAGACUUCAAAUUCACCAUCACACCUCUAUCAUUGCGCAUAAGCACGUAUCAACAUUCUUGACCUAGCAGUAUGUGCCAGGGUAAUUUGUCACUUGAACCUUGCCUUGGCUCCCACUAGUCUCUUGUAGCUUAGUGGUAGAGCAUCCGGACUAGCAGCCUGAAGGUCGUAGCUUCGACUCCUAUUGGGCCGCCUGUAUGCGUCACUGAUUGAAAAGUCAUCUUUCUCAAAAAACUCUUUUUCAGAGAAUUACCAUGAUUGUCUGAGUGACGUAGAAGCUGCGACAGCACUACAGCCAUCUUAUCUCAAGGCGAUUAUCAGAGGUGAAAAAGAAUCUCAGUAGAACACCUGAAUCUUAAAAUUUCCUCCAUUAAAUCAUUUCAAAUGAGUCGAAUUUUUUUCACUAGGGGCGAACACCUGUUUAAAGUUGAAGAAGUUUGAAGAAGCCAUCAUCUGGUGCGACAAAGGAUUAGACGUAUCCUUUCUUUAUCCUGUUCAGAGACAUUCUAUUUUCUCUUUUGAGAUCUUGUGCGCGUACGAAAAUAGAAACUGUGGGGGAUUUAUUAAGCCGUAACGCACUGGAUAAAUUACUCAAACCAAAAGAAAGGAAAAAAAUUGUGUGGACAGGCUAUCUUUUCUUAGAGGAGUAAAUACAAUCGCUGACCGGGCAAAUUGUUACGUCGCAAUCCUUUAUUUUACUAGGUCAAUAUCUCUUAAUACAGUCGGUUGGUUUGUUGGUGACGCGUCCUGACGUCUCACACAAAGAGUAGCCAUUUAUAUACACGUACAAAACGGAUUACCGAUGAACCAUUUCUCCAAUUUCUGCUGCUGCUACUACCACUGCCGCCAGCCAAGAUUACUAUUAUUUUCUACCCCCUUAACUCUUGUAAGAUUGACAAGAACAACCAGGAUCUGUUGGAGAUAAAGACUUGUUCUUCCAUAGAAUGCGAACACAUUUUAACACAGGAAGGUGAUAAACCAGCAAAAGAGGAGAGCAAUCCACCAACAAACCCAAGACCUCUUGAUCGCACGAGUAAGUAAAAUCCAAACAGAAAGCGCACUUGUAAUCAUGGCCACGGUCUUUACGUCAAGUGGAUGUACAAUUUGCCAGGCAUCAAAUGUUAUGUUUUGAUCUCUGGCUUUCACUCAUUUAUACUGGCGGAACUCAAAGCCACUCUGUUUGUAUUUUUAUUUCAACUAUGGCAGAAACUCACAAAAAUGCCGGCAAUGAUGCAUUUCUUAAAUGUGAUUUUGUCAAGGCUAUUAACUUGUACACAGAGGCAAUUGAAGUAAAAUGCAAGGAUAAGGAUCUGAAUGCCAAAUUAUACAACAACAGGGCAUCAGCGCAUUUUCACUUGGGUAAAGUCUCAUUCAUAUUAUAUUAACUCAACGCAUUGUCAAAACUGCAUUUUGUUUCGUAUCCAACAUUCUAUUGUCUAUUCUGCAUCUUUGCCCUUUUUCAGUUCCGCCAAUUUUUGCUUCGCUUUAUUCGCAAGAAAUCUUAUAAAAUACUCACAAUCUUGCUUUCAUGGGUCACUAAACUUUUCUUAGAUCACAUUAAGUGUUUCGUCGUGUCGGAUUUGAUAACACCUCGAGCGUACGCAAGGUUUACAUAGAGUCUAUAAAGUAGACGCUGUCCCCUCAGUUUGUGCGGAUUAUUCUUUUUAAUGUGGGUGUAAUAAAACUCUUUUUCAGGAAAUUAUCCAGAUUGUCUAAGUGACGUAAAAGCUGCGACAGCACUACAGUCGUCUUACCUGAAGGCGAUUAUCCGAGGUGAAAAUGAAUCUCAGUUGAAAACUUGAAUUUUUCCUGAAACAAUUAUUUUAAACGAGUCUACAUGUACUUUUUUUUCAUCAGGAGCAAACACCUGUUUAAAGUUGAAGCAGUUUGAAGAAGCCAUCAUCUGGUGUGAUAAAGGACUUGCUGUAUCCUUUCUUUAGCCUGUUCACAGACCUUCUAUUUUCUCUUUUCAGAUCUUCUAGUCUGCGUACAAAAAAUAACCCCCACGUGGGAUUUAUUAAUUCGUAAUGCACUGGACAAAUAACUAGUUCGCUAACGUACGUGUGGACAGGCUAUCCUUUCUUAGAAGAGUAAAUACAAAAACCCUGACCGCGUUAUUAAUAUUUCAAUUUUGCUACGUCAACGUUUUUUUUUUUAAUUAUUUUUCAUCUUCGUUAUCAGUAUCCUUUCUUGGAUCUGCUGUCAAAGUCUUUAACGGUUCUUAUUUUUUCCAGGAGGCCCUAUGUGGGUCUCUCGGAUAACAUGAUCUAGGUCUUGAUAACUGAAGACGGAUAACUUCUGCCCGAGGUGUUUAUAACUCAGACAACUCAAGACUAAGUAAGAAAAUCAGUCUUGCGGGGCAAAUUCGUUCCGGAAAAAAUUCAGAGUUUGCAGUUUCAGCAAAAAAUUAGCCUGGGACCAGGCUCCGAAGUGGGGGGAAAGGCAAAACACGAAGUGAAAUGGGAAAAAUAAAUAUCGGCUAGCGAAGUGCGUCAAUGGGUGGGCCGGGGAGGGGGGACGGGCGGUGCCACAGCCACCCUUUCCCUACCCAGACUACCGCUGGGCUCGCUUCGCUCGCCGAUUUUUUUCUCCUCUUCCCCCAAUGCGGAGCCUGGUCCCAGGUUACAAGAGUUGGAAAAGCAUAACAAUAAAGAAACCGAGAAAAAAAUGUCGUAUAAACAGUGUAUAGAAGCAAUAUUGCAUUGUUUGCAUACGGCUAUAUGAUCGCCCGUUUUGCAUUUAUUUAGUAGCAUGCUCGUUUCUCACUUCGACUCAGAUGUUUUGUUUGAAUGAUGAAACUUAGCUGGUGCUCAUAAUAAGGGCCCGUUUAAAGGAUAAUGUUACACAAAAUCCCACUUCUCACAAAUUCACGAACAACAAAAAUACUUGAAAUGAAGACGCCUCAACGAUUCCUCCCGGCUGGCGAAUCCGGCGCUCUCGGAACCAUUCAGGUUUCAAGGAUUUGGAAAUUUUUCUCGCUUUGACAAAUAGCCAUGUGGGGCUUGUUUUUUUCACAUCUAUUCACUCAGUGUUUUUAAGGGGUGAUUCUUGUUACAAACCUUGUUUCUCGUCUAUUUCAAAAUAUUUUCUUCUAAAUCUGAUCAAGAUUGCAUCCAAUCAAAAAGUGGCUCCAUAAUUAAAAGGUUGGCAUUUUUGGAUGAUUUCUUGACCGUUUUCAAAGAAUAAAAGUGGGGGAUGUAAAAUUGGAAAAUACUGGAUGUAACAUAUCAAGCAUGACAUGCAGUGUUUCAUCACCAGAUGAAACGCCGAGAAGAGAGUUAAAAAUACGACGCGCAGCAGAGUAUUUUUGACGAACUUCGAGGUGUUUCAUCAGAUGAUGAAACACUGUGUCGAAUGCCUGAUAUUGCUUCUCAAACAAAAUGAUUUUAGAAAGAGAAAUCAAGGAUGCAAAAAAGAACAGUUUUUCAUUUUAUUUCCAAACACUCGUUAAACAUCAUUUUCUUUUGCAUUUUCAUUAUGAAUUAUUCAUGAGUUUGAGAAAUGAGGAUAUGAAGGAAGUAAUGAGCAGGCAAAUACAAGAUGGUCCACCAUCACCACAAGGUUCCCCUGAGCUCAUUAGUGGAUCAACUGGUUUACGUUUAUACCGUUUUCUACUCGUAAUUCUUUCAUUCCUAAAUCAACCCCAUUCCCACCAAAGAAAAGAAACAGCUGGAAUCCAUACAUAUCCAUAUCGUUUACCAAGACCAUUGUAGGAUACUUUCUAAAACCUGUUUAUCGAACUUGACAGUCGUAAGAUUGACAAUAGGGAGCUUACGAAUCGACGACUUUCGCACGACGACGCCGUUGUAUUGCGUGACAUACCUACUGCGCAUGCCUGUCUUGGCACUUGCCGGCGUCGAGCAAAAGUCAAAAUUUGCAGCAAGCGCACCAACGUCGUCGUCUUUACUUAAAAUCGUAAAUUCAUAUUUCUAAAUGACGGCGACGCAGGACUUUGACGUGGCCCAACGGCGUCGUCGUGCGAAAGUCGUCAAUUCGUAAGCUCCCUAAUGUUCACAAGGAGCUCUUUGAAAUAAGGAGGAUAAGCCAAAGGGAUACUCCAAAGUCAGAAGCUAACACUGUGAAAAAAACGGUUAGUGGUCGAUGCUCUUAUAUUUUGGGCUUACGGGUAAAUGUUUAGCCAAAAGAAUUUGUUAAAAGGAAAUAAAUACGUUUUGAAGUAAGUAUACACAUGGUUCUGAUAAGAAAGACAUUCAGAUGAGACUUACCUCAAACCUACCCCGUUUGCAUGGUUGGGCACACAAUUUUAGAGACGUACGUAAAAACCAGCAAACUUAUACAAUCAAAUGUCUGAAUAAUAUCUGAACAAAGAGCAAUUCAAUUUUACAGGUGCCAAAUCUUUCUGGGAAUGUCAACGACAUCGUUAACUUUUACCGCCAAAAGCUCAGUAGUGCCAAGCAUGCAGGAGAUAAAGCUAGUGAAGGAGCUGUGUGUAGUACUCUUGGUUUGUUUUUUCUGAGUCAUGGCGAUUACAAGAAAGCCAUAGAAUAUAACGACCUUGCUCUUGAUAUUUUUAAAGAAUUGGGCGACAAGAGACAGGAAGGAUAUGUGUAUCAUCGUCGUGGUGAUGUUUUCCAAAAGCUCGGUGAAUUCGAAAAAGCCAUGGAGUACAAAAACCGUGCACUCAGUAUAGCAAUAGAUCUGGGAGAAAAACCUUUGGAAGGUUACGCUUACUACGGUCUUGGCAAUGCUUUUCGAGGUUUGUGUAGUUAUGAUAAAGCAAUAGGCUUCUACAAGCGUUGUCUAAGUGUCGCCAAAGGUCUGUCUGACAAGACAAUCAGAUGGUCAUUAGAAAGUAUUGCCUAUAGCAAUCUCGGACAUGCUUUUGACUUCCUUGGUGACUACAAACGAGCUGAAACUUACCACAGGCUUCACCUUAGCAAUGCCAAAGAGAAGAGAGACAAGUCAGGAGAGGCAGAAGCGUACAGAGGUCUUGGCAACGUUUUUCAGGGCCUUGGGAAUUUCAGAAAAGCCCAAGAGUAUUACAGCUCAAGCCUUAGCAUUGCCAAAGAUGAACGAAACAAAGAAGCAAUGGUACACUCAUAUGCCGGUCUAGUAAACGCUCUCCGCAACCUUGGAGAUACAAAAAAUGCACUAAAAUACUCUAAUCUGCAUCUUAACUGCGCCAAAGAAUUAGGAAACAGAUAUAGGGAAGGAGAUGCGUAUUGCGACCUUGGACAUAUUUAUAAAAGUCUUGGAGACUUCAAGAAGUCCAUAGAAUACUUCAAACGCUACCUUGAAAUUGCCAAAGAUUUUGGAGAUUCGGAAGGAGAAGGGGCCGCGUAUGGUGGCAUUGGCAAUGCUUUUUACAGCCUCGGAGAUUUCGAAAAGGCAGUUUACUAUCACAACCAACAUCGUGAUAUCGCUAAAAAUAUUGGAGAUAAGGAAGGGGAGGCGUUUGCGCAUGGCAAUCUCGGCAACGUUUAUCUCAGUCUUGGUGAUUUGAAGAAGGCCAACUACUAA